GCGGAAGACUACAUACUUUUUCCAAAGCCAAGCAUUUGUUUGGAUGAUGCUUUGCUUUCUGGUUCGCUCGUCCCAGUUGUAAAUCGUACAGUGUGUGUUUGUUUGUUGGACGGGGGCAGUGGCAUCUGUGUCGGACGGCCGGCCCUGGAACACCCUGUCACGCCUCAUAACCCACGAGGAAGGCGCUCCUGGUAAGUGGAGCAGGAUCCUGUUACUGCGAGGAGGGACUGUGCUGCCCGCCCUGCGUGACCACUGCCACGCCCUGGUGCCCCCUCCGGCGCCACGCUCCGCUGGGCCCCGCUACUACCGGAGCUGCAGACAUCGCACCGACCCUCGUCCGCACCCUUCGAACUCUAGUCGCUUUGCUGGCUUCGUGCUCGUCCGGCUGGGAUGAUGGUGGGUGGUCGCAGCUCCCAGCGCGUGCCUCUUCACGACCGGGUGAUGAUCGGUGUUGAGGUGCCGUCUCGGUGAGGACUAGGUCUGUUGUCUCCAAGGACUCGCGCCGAGUGGCCCGCACGUGGUCACGGUCGGGGCGCGACAAGAUGUGACCACGCGGCCGGCCUGGCGUGACGGGCGGGGGUUGACAUCCGUGCCGCGCUCGCGACGGUCCUGUCAGUGCCUGGCUCCCGCGCGCGCAGACAUGACCGCCUGCCGUGGCCACGCGGCCCACCUCGUCUUGCUCUACAGUGUUGUGCUGAUACGAGCUCAGAGUGCGUAUUAUGAGCCGAGGUACGUUGAGGGAGCCAACACGAACGUGGCGGAGGCGGAGCAGUUCCUGGACGACUACGAGCGCGAAGCCACGGACAAGUGCUUCCGGGUGAAGCAGGCCCAGUGGCUGUUCAGCACCAACGUCACCGACUUCCACCGCAGACACAUGCUGGAGCAGCAGGGCCUGCAGGACAAGCUGGAGCGGGCGUCCUGGCGCCGCGCCGCCUCCUUCGGCUGGACGCGCUUCUCCGACCCCGAGCUGCGCCGGAAGCUGCGAGCCCUGGUCUCCCGGGGCAGGCACGCGCUACCCGACCAGGAGCACGGCCAGCUGCAGAGGAUAGUUGCGGAGAUGAAGGACAUCUACUCCCGGGCGAGGAUCUGCCCCUACCGCGGCCGGGAGACCAGCACGUACUGCAACAUGCCCUUGGAGCCAGACGCCGUGCAGCUGCUGGCACGCUCGCGAGACUACGAGGAGCAGCUGCACCUGUGGAGGGCGUGGCGCGACGCCGUCGGCCCGGCCCUCAGGGGCCGCUACGCCCGCUACGUGCGCCUGGCCAACCGGGCGGCCAAGCUGGACGGGUUCCGGGACGCGGGCCAGCAGGAGAGGCAGCAGUACGAGGAAGACGACCUGGAGGCGGAGGCGGGCCGGCUGUGGCAGGCGGUGGCGCCCCUGUACGAGCAGCUCCACUCGUACGUGCGGCGCCGGCUGGCCGAGCGCUACGGCACGCAGAGGGUGCGGCCAGACGGCCCCAUCCCGGCGCACCUGCUGGGCAACAUGUGGGCCCAGAACUGGAAGAACAUAGCGGACCUGGUGCUGCCGUUCCCCGGCAAGCCGCCCGUCGACGCGAGGCUGGAGUUGCUGCGGCAGCGCUUCACGCCCCUCAGAAUGUUCCAAGUGGCAGAAGAAUUUUUCACUUCGUUGGGAAUGAAGCCGAUGCCAAUCGAGUUUUGGCAGUAUUCGAUGCUGGAGAAGCCUUUGGACCGGGAAGUGAAAUGCAAGGCCUCGGCGUGGGAUUUCUGCAACCGUAUUGACUACAGGAUCAAGCAGUGCACGCAGCUGACGCUGGAGGACCUGCUGUCCACGCACCACGAGAUGGCCCACAUCCAGUACUACCUGCAGUACGCCGGCCAGCCCCUGCUCUUCCGGGACGGAGCCAACCCUGGGUUCCACGAGGCGGUGGGCGACGCGGUGGGGCUGUCGGUGGCCACGCCCCGCCACCUGCAGGCCAUCGGCGUGCUCGCCAACUUCACCGACGACUACGAAACAAACAUAAAUUUUCUGUUGAUGAUGGCUCUCGAAAAGGUAGCAUACCUUCCGUACGCAUACAUCGUUGAUAAGUGGCGCUGGGCGGUGUUCUCGGACGAGCACCAGCUGGACCGCAUGAACGCCGUGUGGUGGGACCUGCGGCUGAGGUUCCAGGGCCUGGCGCCGCCGGUGCCGCGCUCCGAGCGGGACUUCGACCCGGCCGCCAAGUACCACGUGCCCGCAGACGUGCCGUACUUCAGGUACUUCGUGAGCCUCAUCCUGCAGUUCCAGCUGCACGAGGCGCUGUGCCGCGAAGCGGGCCACUACGGGCCGCUGCACGCCUGCGACAUAUACCGCUCGCGCCAGGCCGGCCGCCUGCUCAGCGAGGUGCUGCAGAUGGGCUCGUCCAGGCCCUGGACGGAGGCGGUCCACGUGCUGACCCAGGGCCGCACCCACCGGCUGGACGCGGGCGCCCUGCUGCACUACUUCCAGCCCCUCGCCACCUGGCUGCAGGAGCAGAACAGGCGCGAGGCUUCCGUGGGCUGGUCCGUCUCCGACGCCGACAUAGGUACCCCUCGCCGCGCCGGGCUCACCAUCCACCUGCACGUGCCGUGUGGCGCCUCUCCCGGGGCUCGCCCCGCCCCGCCGCUGAUCCUCGCCCUCCUGGCCCUCUGGCCCCUCUACCCCCUCCGGACCCUCAAGGAGGUGAAGGUGGUCUGUGAAAACUGAGUGGAGUAGGGGGCCGGAGGUGGUGCAUAAGCUGGGAUGGGUAGCCUCAGCCUCUUUGCAUAGCCAAAAGCUCUAACGCUCUUCCUGGUUGCGUAUGCGGCGUAUCCGCAUCCAUGCCCAUGGGGGCCCCAGGGCGGUAGGGCCUAACGGCUAAGAGCGCUGGGUCAAAAAAGAAAAGGGGGGAAACCCCUGUGACAGCUUAUAAUAUACUAAUGUGAAAACCUACUACCUAAAACACCAUCAAACACUUUCAGAUUAUUCUUCCACAAUACAGAAUUCAUGGUUAAACACUAACUAAACUAUACCCAGUUUCUCGCAAUGAACAAAACAAACUCACUCGUUACCAAACAAUUGGAAUCAAUCAGCACACGCACGGAACGAGUCCGCAAUGUGCGAGGUGCUAGCGGAUAAAAUUUCCUUCUCGAAAAGGUCACCCCAAAAAAAAAAAAGACAAAUAAGCGCGAAGACUACUUCUAGAGAGAAUUCGUUGAAUCUGCAAGCAUGCGCUGUUCUCUCGACACGCAUGAAAUUUGAAAUGCUCGCCGAAAACUAAUCUUUAAAUCGUAAUUUGUCGGGUGUCACGCGUGAACGUGUAUAACUGUGUAUAGAAGAUUCGUAAUUGUUAUGACUGCAUCGUGAUUGUUGGCAUGUCUGUAGACCUUACCCUUCGUACCUCUCCCCUCUCUGCACGCCACCAACAAGCUGCUGCCUGCACGCGCCAUGAGGCCUCCACGCCACACCCUGCUGCCAGGGUGUCCACAAGGAAUAAAUAUUUUGUACCAACUUAAGCGAGAAAAAAGUACUGGAUUUGAAGAAAAAAAAGUACUAAAUUAUAAUUUUUUAUGGUUUUAACAAUUUAGAAAGUUAUAAUGAAAUUGCAAUGCUCUAACUUAAAUAUCACACCACACACACAUACAUUCCAUAGUUUUUAAAAAUAAUUACGCCUAAUAAUAAAACAUAUUGGAGUUACUGUAAUAUUAUUAUAUAAAAAGAAAAAAAGUACUAUAUCUGAGCGUAAAUGUACUAGACCACUAAAAAAACUUAUAAAAGUACUAUAUCUAGUACGAAAGUACUAACUGUGGAAACCCUGCCUGCUGCCGUGCCGCGGCUAGCACUCUGCCUCGACACAUUUCCAAACCGCGCACCUCAAUCCUACACUGAACACUUCCCUUAACAUCUAACAACCACCACAUUGAUUUAGAAAAUACAAAUUUCCUAGUGGUUUUUUUUCUUUCUUUUGUUUCACCAAGGGUGGACAACACUUAAUGAGGACCGAUUUAAAAAAUUUAUAAAUCUACCACACUUAUGUGGUGGGCCCAGUCUCAAUUUUCUCGAAUCCGAAUCUAGAAUUUGAAUCCCAGAGGGCACCUCGAAUAUACCCCUCAAAUCCAGAUCUAGGUUUUAAGGGUCAAAAAUAAAGUAAUGCACAAUAAAUUAAACAUAUAUUAAACUAUGGUGCGGAAGUUUUUAAACAUUUUACCCUUUAAAUGUUUUGUUUCACAAAAUAAUUUCCAGAAUCAACACAUACUGUAAUUUUAUUCAUGUAAUUACAUGUUAAAAGUACAAUAUAUUUGGGAAUGGUAACAGGAUAGACGCACAGCCCUCUGAGAGCACUCUUCAAUUCACAAGCCAUGCAACUAUUGGUACAAACUUCUUUCCGUUACAGAAAAAAAUCAAUAUUUCACUGUUAUUUACCUGUAUGAAUUGUGUUCGAAAUCUUUAAUCCAUUUAAAUUACUAGGCUUGUGUGAAGCUUCGACUAAGUGAAUCAAUCAAAGUUCUUUUUAAUUUUGGAUUUGACUUCGCCAGGAAAUUUUCUAUUCGUUUUAUUUGAAGCUUCAUUUGUGAUGCAAAGCUUCGUGUCUGGUGUAAGCUUCAUGUCUGGUGUUAAGAUUUAGCAUUUGUUGCAGAGCUUUCAAACAUUGGAAGCCUAAGAUUUGCUCAUAAAAAUAUUUAGUUUUUUUUUUUUUCUUGUUAUAAUUUUUUUCUUGAAUAUAGUUGGUUACUUAAAAAAAUUAAAAGGUGGCACUCCGUUUGCUCCUAUGAAUGCUCAAUACCAAUGUUAUGCAUGAUUACUUUACAAUUUUUAUUGAAUGAUGUUAUACAUAGGGCCCAAUUGGUUAAUCACUUAAUUAGUUCAAACAUUACAGUUGUUAAAACAACUUUUAUUUUUACUUCAACCUGUAUUUUAUAAGGUAAGUGUAAUACAGCUU